AUGACUCACAUCGCCGUCGAGAGAAAUCGCCGGAAACAGAUGAAUGAGUACCUCGCCGUUCUUCGUUCUCUCAUGCCACCUUCUUAUGCUCAAAGGGGAGAUCAAGCAUCAAUAGUAGGAGGAGCAAUUAACUACUUAAAGGAGCUUGAGCAUCAUUUACAAUCAAUGGAGCCGUCUCCGGUAAAGACCACCGCCGGAGCCGGCGACGACCAGAGCAAGACGAUAGCCACCACCACCUCAUCAAGACCGUUCUCAGAUUUCUUUGCAUUUCCUCAGUAUUCGAGCCGGCCCUCGUCGUCGGCGGCAGCGGCUGAGGGGACGGCGGAGAUAGAAGUGACGAUGGUGGAGAGCCAUGCGAGUCUUAAGAUACUUGUGAAGAAGCGACCGAGACAGCUUCUUAAACUGGUUGCAUCGAUACAGAGCCUAAGGCUCACUCUUCUUCAUCUCAACGUCACGACUCGUGACAACUUCGUCCUCUAUUCCAUCAGCGUCAAGGUUGAAGAAGGGAGCCAAUUGAAUACAGUGGAAGAUAUUGCAGCAGCUGUGAAUCAAAUCCUAAGGAGGAUUGAAGAAGAGUCAUCCUUUAGCUAA